AUGUCAAAAUUAUAAUAAUAUCUAUCUGAUCUUAAAACUCAUUAAGAAGAAGAAAUUGAAAUUUAAAUUGAUUAUCCAAAUAAACCAGAUAAUUCUGAUGAUUCUGAAGAUGAAUAGAAUGAAAUUCUUAAUGAAAUACUUAAAUGUAUGUAAAAAGGAUUAUCAGAAAAAGUCUUUGAUUUUGAUAUUGGUAAUUCAAUCAGAUUAAUUGAUGUUGAUGAUAUGAAUAAAAGUGCAUUAUAUUUGGAUGCUUUAGCUUGGCUCUAUUCCAAUAGAGUAGAUAGAACCUAUGUUGAAAGUCUUAAAUUAAAAGUUAACUUAUUGAGAGUUUAUGAUACUACUACUAUACCUAAUGUUCCUCCUCAAAAAAAAAAUAAAUAAUUAUAAACUUAAUCAUUAAAUUAAAAAACUAUUCAUCUUAAUAGAAAUUUAGAACUUAAAGAAAUUAUUAAAUAUGGAGAAUCUACUCUUGAUUUUAAACCUUAUAUGCAUUAAUAUGAUACACUUUAAAUUAAUCCUUUCUUUAAUUAAACAAGCAAAUCUCUUGAUAUGUAAGAUCUUACCACACUUAUUAUUUAUAAUCCUUAAUUUGAUGAAAAUCUAGCUAUUAUUAUUGAUCCUGAUUAACUAUUAAAAGUUAAUGAAUAAAAUAAGUAAAUUCUAACAGGAUUUAUUAAAUUAGAAAUUGAUACUUCUGUGCUUGAUUAUUCUAAUUUAGUUUCUAAAUAAUUUAAAAUGAGUUUUAAUGAAGUUAAUGAUUUUAGAGAAAGAUAUAAAUAUUUACUUAAUAAAAAAGAUACUUAAACUGUUAAAAUUGAAAAAAGUUAAUAAAUUGCAAUCGAUAAAUUUAUUAAUGAUUUUAGAGUUUAUGAUGAAAAAUUAAAGUAAGCUUAAUAAACAAUAGAUCAAUAACAAUAAUCUUUAUCCUAAUUAAGUGUUGAAGAAUAAUAAUUUUUAAGUUUGAAUCAAUAAUAUUAAUAAUAACUUAAAAUUAAUUCUAACGAAUUAGAAAAAGAUCAACAACCACUUUUCAAUUAACAAAUAGACUAAUUAAAUUAUGAUCCUUAAGUUUUAUAAUAAAUAGAUAAUCCAAAUUAAAUAGGAUUAUAAUAAUUUGAUGUUUAAAAUUAAGAUUAAUAAAUAAAUUAGAUAGAUAUUGAAGAAUUCAAUAAUUAAUUACCUGAAUUUGUUCCAGAUCCUUUUGGAUUUCCAGAUGAUUAAUAAAAUGAUCUUUAGAAUCCUUAAUAGACUGAGGAAUAGAGAUAAUAGUAAAUAGAAUAAUUUUAAAUUUAUUAAGAAAAGAAAAAGAUUUUGUAGGAAUAAUUUUAAAAAUAAUAAAGAGAGGCAGCAGAAAAAUAAACAUAAAUAUAAGAAGAAAUAAAAUAAUAACUUACUUAUUAAUAAUAAUUUCAAGAUAUAUUUAAUGAUGUAAAUGCACCUGUAGAUGAAUGGGAUUUAGAAUAAGAAGAAGAAUUUGAUUAAGAUCUAGCACCUUAUGAAGAAUAAUAAUAAAUAUAAAAAAAUAAUAAUUAAUCAUUGGCAAUUUAAUAAUAGUAAAUAAAUGUUAAAAAAAAAUAAAAGAAGGUAUAUCCAGACACUUUUAAUUUUGAUGAUGCUAUUGAAUUAAAUAGAUUAAUAGUAUUAAAUACAGUUGGAAAUACUCAAAGAGAUUUUGGAUAAAGAGAAUUAGUAUUGAAAUGUUUAGCUGAUAAUUGUUAAGAUUUUGAUUACUAUAGAUAUUUUGAAUAUUUUACAAGAGAAUAUACUGGAUUUUUGGAAGAAGAAGAAUAAUAAUAAUAAGUAGUUUAGAUACCAGAACCAGAAAGUUUUGGAUUGGAUGAAAUAUAAAUCUAAGAUUAAUUGGAAGUGACAAAUUAAAUGAUUGAAAUUUAUUAAAAUGAUUUAGACUACUAUUUAUUACCUUUUAAAGUAUAAGCUAAUAAUAAUAAUGAACCUAUUACAAUUAAAUAAUUAUAAGUUAUUUUGGAAAGAGUUAUUGAUGAAAUUAAAGGUUAAGUUGAAUUUCUCAAAAUAGAAAAAACAUUACCAAUGAUAAUGAAUGAAAAGAUAAGCAAAAGUAAAUUAUUUGCAGCUUUACUUUUUGUUGCAAAAAAUAGAGGAUUCAAAUUAGAAUAGAAAAAUAAAUAAUUUAAAGAUAUUAUAAUUAUAAAAAAAGAAUAAAUUUAAACAAUUGAUCUUGACUAAGAAGAAUAGAACCAAAAUAUAAUAUAAACAGAUUUAGCUAUGUAAAUUGAAAGAUGA